AUGCUUCUUGGUUUGUUGUGUCUUAUUCUCGUCAUACCGGUAAAUUCCUUCGACGCUCCACAACUUGAUGAUUUAUGAGCUUUCGCUUUUUAAAUACGAUGAAACGUGGCUAUGUCGUGACACUUCGACACAUAAAAUUAAAUUUUAGAAUUACAUUGCUUUAGGUUACUGUAGAAUGUCAUUCUUUUAGCUACUUAUAAAAAGGUCAAAUAAUUCUGUGCUCCUUCUCAAAGCUAAUUCUUGAAGUUAAGGGGCACAUAAAUAUUUAAACUUUAAAGAAAGCUUUCAACUAAUCACUAGCUUAUUUUAACUAACAAUAAAAUAGUAAAUCUUAUAUCAAUAAACUUAAGGUGUCAUCACGACAACAUACAGUAAAUGAUUUGUCAUCAGAAGAAGAGAAAACCUUGAAAGAAGUCCGAGAACUUUUGAAGAGCAUUGUAAUUGAUAAUGAAGACAAUUCGAACACAACGGUCGCUUUACCAUCGUCUACUAUGGCAUGUCCACUACCUCGAACGAUGGCCAAAACUACCAUAAACUCUGAUGACAUUACAGCCAACUUGCAGUACUGGCUUCUUAAACCUAAAGUAAGAAAAAGUACUCGGUAACGAUUAUUGCCACAGUAAUAACAAAACUAUAAAAGCUACUACAGUAAGAAUACAUAAUAGUAAAAAAAGCUACUGCUACAGUAAAGACAGUAGUAAAACCCAAUCACUUUCAGCUUCAUUUACUCCGUCAAUUACACCCAAAGUUAAGUGCCAAAGUUGACUCACCGUACAAUGAGAAAGUACUGUAAGUUUCCUAGUUUGUUGCAUACUAACAUAUAUCAACCUACGUACAAUAUUGUUCAUCAUAUUCUAAACUAUCCAUCACUUUUUAUAUUCUAAUAUAACUCCCUGACGGCAUACGCCAUUCUUUUUGCAUCAACUUAAAUUUUUUGAAUUUCGUAUCUAUUCAGAAAAGAAGAUGGUAAAAUGGUGGUUGUAUACGAAUUCCAACAACCAACAGACUGCCAGAACUUAAUCGCUCUAUCAGAGAAGAUUGUGAGUUACAGUAGCGACGUGGAUCAGCUUACUGUAGAUUGUGAGUGUACUCUGUAUGUCAUCAAAAAGACAUUGCAGUAG